AUGAGCUGCUCCAUCCUCCCAGCCCACUUUAUGAGCCUGCUCCAUAACCAUUAUGAGCCUGCUCCAUCUUCCCAGCACCACUAUGAGCCUGCUCCAUCCUCCCAGCACCACUAUGAGCCUGCUCCAUCCUCCCAGCACCACUCUGAGCCUGCUACAUCCUCCCAGCACCACUAUGAGGCUGCUCCAUCCUCCCAGCUCCACUAUGAGCCUGCUCCAUAUCCCAGCACCACUAUGAGCCUGCUCCAUCCACCCAGCACCACUAUGAGCCUGCUCCAUCCUCCCAGCUCCACUAUGAGCCUGCUCCAUCCUCCCAGCUCCACUAUGAGCCUGCUCCAUCCUCCCAGCUCCACUAUGAGCCUGCUCCAUCCUCCCAGCACCACUAUGAGGCUGCUCCAUCCUCCCAGCUCCACUAUGAGCCUGCUCCAUCCUCCCAGCUCCACUAUGAGGCUGCUCCAUCCGCCCAGCACCACUAUGAGGCUGCUCCAUCCUCCCAGCUCCACUAUGAGCCUGCUCCAUAUCCCCAGCACCACUAUGAGCCUGCUCCAUCAUCCCAGCUCCACUAUGAGCCUGCUCCAUCUCCUCCCACACCACUAUGAGGCUGCUCCAUCCACCCAGAUCCACUAUGAGCGUGCUCCAUCCUCUCAGCUCCACUAUGAGCCUGCUCCAUCCACCCAGCACCACUAUGAGCCUGCUCCAUCCUCCCAGCUCCACUAUGAGCCUGCUCCAUCUCCCAGCUCCACUAUGAGCCUGCUCCAUCCUCCCAGCUCCACUAUGAGCCUGCUCCAUCCUCCCAGCACCACUAUGAGGCUGCUCCAUCCUCCCAGCUCCACUAUGAGCCUGCUCCAUUCUCCCAGCUCCACUAUGAGGCUGCUCCAUCCGCCCAGCACCACUAUGAGGCUGCUCCAUCCUCCCAGCUCCACUAUGAGCCUGCUCCAUAUCCCCAGCACCACUAUGAGCCUGCUCCAUCAUCCCAGCUCCACUAUGAGCCUGCUCCAUCUCCUCCCACGCCACUAUGAGCCUGCUCCAUCCUCCCAGCUCCACUAUGAGCCUGCUCCAUCCUCCCAGCUCCACUAUGAGCCUGCUCCAUCCUCCCAGCACCCCUAUGAGGCUGCUCCAUCCUCCCAGCUCCACUAUGAGCCUGCUCCAUUCUCCCAGCUCCACUAUGAGGCUGCUCCAUCCGCCCAGCACCACUAUGAGGCUGCUCCAUCCUCCCAGCUCCACUAUGAGCCUGCUCCAUAUCCCCAGCACCACUAUGAGCCUGCUCCAUCAUUCCAGCUCCACUAUGAGCCUGCUCCAUCUCCUCCCAGCACCAAUAUGACCCUGCUCCAUCUUCCCAGCGCCACUAUGAGCCUGCUCCAUCCUCCCAGCUCCAUUAUGAGCCUGCUCCAUCCUCCCAGCACCACUAUGAGCCUGCUCCAUCCUCCCAGCACCACUAUGAGCCUGCUCCAUCCUCCCAGCUCCACUAUGAGCCUGCUCCAUCCUCCCAGCCCCAGUAUGAGCCUGCUCCAUCUCCCCAGCACCACUAUGAGCCUGCUCCAUCUCCCCAGCACCACUAUGAGGCUGCUCCAUCCUCCCAGCUCCACUCUGAGCCUGCUCCAUCCUCCCAGCACCACUAUGAGCCUGCUCCAUCCUCCCAGCACCACUAUGAGCCUGCUCCAUCUUCCCAGCACCACUAUGAGCCUGUUCCAUCUCCCCAGCACCACUAUGAGGCUGCUCCAUCUCCCACACCAAUAUGACCCUGCUCCAUCCUCCCAGCUCCACUUUGAGCCUGCUCCACCCACCCAGCUCCACUAUGAGCCUGCUCCAUCCUCCCAGCACCACUAUGAGCCUGCUCCAUAUCGCAGCACCACUAUGAGCCUCCUCCAUCCACCCCAGCUCCACCAUGAGCCUGCUCCAUCCUCCCAGCACCACUAUGAGCCUGCUCCAUCCUCCCAGCACCACUAUGAGCCUGCUCCAUCCUCCCAGCUCCACUAUGAGCCUGCUCCAUCCUCCCAGCACCCUAUGAGCUCCCAGCUCCACUGA